AUGAGCGGUUAUGAAAAUGCAGAUGAAUUACAUGAUCUUUUAAGAAAACAAACUACUGGUUUAGUGCAUUUGGAAGAUUAUCGUCGAGUAAAGCAAGGGAUAGCUGAAAAAAAAGAAAAGGACGCACUUUCACAAACAAAUCAAAAGAUCAAAAAGAAAAAGGGUGUCUUGGGCAAAAAUGCGAAAAAACAAUUUCAAUUGAAUAAGGGCAAAUUGUCAUUUGGGCAGGAAGAAAAUGAAGAAGAAACGGGCGACGGAUUAAAAGAAAUAAUUAUAAAGAAGAAACAUCUUGGGAAGGAUCCUACUGUUAAUACUUCAUUUUUGCCAGAUGCUGAAAGGGAAGCUUUAGAAGAAGCAAAGAGAAAAGAAUACCGGAAACAGUGGUUAGAAGAACAAGAAAGAAUCAAAGAGGAAGAAAUCUUAAUUCCUUUUUUGUUCUAUGAAGGUUCCACUACUCGGUAUAGUGUUAAGAUUCGUUUGAAAGAUUCAGUUGGCCAUAUACUAUCGAAUAUGAAAGAUCAAAUCCCCAGUUUAAAACGCGUUUUGGAUAUGGACAAGCUCCUUUUAGUACAAUCUGAUUUAAUUAUUCCUCAUCAUCACGAAUUGUACUACUUUUAUUUGAACAAAGUCCAAGGGCCCAACGGGUUGCUUUUCGAAUUUGACUCUUUGCGAUGCCAAAAUUCAGAAAUGGCAGCAACUCUGCAAUUACCAGAAAAAAAAAUCCCUCAUUUAAUUCUCAAGUCGUUUUAUAUGGAAUAUAGACAUGUUUUUCCCUGCAACUGCUGGGAGAUGUUUGAUUCUAGAAAAGACUAUGCUUCGCAAAAAACAAAGGUCAAUCCAAAUGCUGCCUUGUUUUACAGAACAGAAUGA